AUGUGGUAUACCCUUUGGCUUGCUUCCUUACCAGUCCUGCUCAAUGCAAAUGGCAUAUACAACAUCCAUGAUGCCUUUGAAUACGGAAAUGCGCUCACGCGUGACUUUGGCAACGACAUUGAAGCAUUGGAUGCACCAGAAGAUCUGAUAGAUCUUGCUGGGAGGCUGCUCGAGACCGCACACCUGCCAGAUGGUCUGGUAUCACCACUCAGCGAACCCUCACAUGGCAAAUGCAAUGGUGUAAAUGUGUGGGCCGAACUAAACAGUCAAGGGUCGUACAAUUAUUCUGUGGAUUUUAACAACAUAACCAAAAGGCAGAAGCAGAAGGACAAGGCCCGUCAUUUGCCCAACCCAGACGAAGUAUUCGAACGAUUAUUCCGACGCAAAGGACCAAUGAUAAAUGAGACAGAAAUGGGACUAAACUUUCUUUGGGUAUCCUGGGUCAACUUUUAUUUCGAAGACACGCUGCGCACUAAGCCAAACUCUCAGGGAGCUCAACAGAUGGAUGCAGAUUCACAACGAAGUAACCUCGCCAUGGUAUACGGCCGCAGCAAAGAACGAGAACACGUGCUGCGGUCGUUCAGCAACGGGAGACUCAAGACCUCUCGAAAUAAUCAUGGCGAAGAGAUGGCCUUAGUAUGGAGCGACGUUAACGAUACUAUGGCACAGAGUGCAGCAAACCUCACCGAAUGGCAGCUUUAUGUACUCGGCGACAAUGGCCUGAAUAGCCAUUGGGGGCACCUGUUCUGGGUGAGUCUCUACACUCGCGAACACAACCGCGUGUGCGACCAGUUACUUCUCGGGGCCAUUGACGAAGGUCGGGACUUAAACGAGUUGACUGAUGAGCGGCUAUUCCGCAUGGCCCGGGUCAUCAUGACUACCCGUCAUGCACGGGCGUUUCUCGAGAACUUUGCAUCCGACAUUGGAUUGCGUGCCAAUGGUAUCAACACGCGAGUGCCGUUUUCAACCCUCAGCUGCGACGUACAGUCACGCAAAACCCGCCUACACAAACCGCCAGAUUUCAGUAUCGAAUAUCUACAUGCGUACACGUUUCACCAGUCCAUCCCUGACUACGUGCACUACGACACAGCUGCCGUGUCUGUGGCGCAUGACAUGUUUCGGAGACCACCAGCAUUCGCUAACUACACCAUGCAACAGCACGUCGAUGCAUUCUACCGCAGCCCAGCUGGUCGCAUACAAGGAGACAACAUCCCCGGGUACCUGGGGUUUGUAUUCAAACAACAACUGUUGGAUGCACGAGCAAAUGGCCUGGCCAGUUAUAAGGCGUACGUUGAACACUACUCCAGCCACAAACACACGGUGCGUACAUUUGCGGAUCUAAUGCUCUCGGCGAGUCUGACCCAGGCAAUCAGUGAGGUAUAUGACAGCGUGGACGAUAUAGACGCAUACGUAGGCAUCCAGCUAGAGGGCAUGCUAGUGCCAACCACGAGCAUGGCUGUGUCCAUCACACGUGUGGCCUUGAUACUGGGAAAGGUCAUCCCUAACUUUGUGGGCGUGUCGUGCUAUGACGACCCUCACUUGUACUCGGCGGAGUUUCUCACGCGCAAAGGCAUGCAGUUCAUCAACGGACCUUCCGAGGCACUGUGGGAUUUAAUGCAACACCACGUGCAGCUGGAAGACAAUACGCCAUUUGUAAGAACACACGAGUGGCGACAUAGCAGAGGCGUAGGGGCCAAUGCCGCCAAAGGCAUACACGACUAUUCCGUUAGCAACUUGGGUGACUACGCCGGACUGAAUGCUGUGUGGAGUUAUGCGUUGCAGUCGACACGAGAGUAUUUAUGGGUCGUCAUUGCUAUAGUGGGGUGCAUGGUUAUGUACGUGGUAGCCUAUGCGAUAGCCUCCUGGGCGCUCCACCGGCACUGCUUUGUACCAAGGAACGUCCUUGCAGGAGACAUGCCCCUGCUCACGCACUACGCCGUACUUGGCGUGGCCCUGACCCUACAGAUACCCGUGUACACCUACGUGUUCGCAACCAUCCUGUUCUCCGACAGGUUAGACCGGGUGAUGUGGUCGCUGUGGCCCCUGACCUUUGCGCUGGUGUCGUCGCAUGCUGUGUUGUAUGUGGCUGACAUGGCUGUGCGCAAGCCAGCUGAGAUGAAGGUGUUCCUGGUGGUGCAUCACCUGUGCUGGUACGCUACCUACAUGCUGCCUCUGGUGACGCAGGACAUCUUCACGCUCAGAGUGGGGAUGGUGGCCGACUACUUCACGGUGUACGAGGGUGGGCUGUACCUGCUCAUGUUCUACAGUAAGCUUCAGCAUAGGCACCUCUCGGAUGCCCAGGCAUGUCUCGGGCGUGCCGCUGUGUGUGUCUUUGCCUUCACCCGCGUGGUUCAGAUGGUGCUGCUCAUUAGCAUGUAUGUCAUGGCGUAUACACGUAUGGUGAAGUAUGGGCACACGGGGGUGUACGUGAUCUCUGUCAUCAAGAUGUCCGUUGUCAUGCUGUCCCAGGUGUACGUGCUCUACCUGUACUCACAGUGGCCUUCUCUGUGGAAACGGGACCACCACAAGACAUCAGGUGCAGCCAAUGCGAUGAAAGACUCAGCCCAGGACAAGAGCAACUGCACAAGCAUCCAUAACAUGGACACAGUGCGCGCAGCUGGUUUACUGUCGAGUGUUUCCAUGGCAACCACAGAGCAGGCAAUGGCGCAUAACAAACUAAGCGACAUUCAUUCACAAGCACACGGCCACGAAUGACAGCCGAACGGACAUAAAAUAAACUCUAACCCCUCUCAUUCCGUCAGCAUCCAUCUCUCACUCCAUUCGCAAAUGUGUUGUUGUGUUGCGCUGUAAGAUGACCACACGCGCAUUUCUGCGGUGUGCUUGAUUGCGUCCCGCCCAUCCAUCUAUCCAUGCAUUUAGCAUGCCAUGGACUGUCCACUCAUCCACUCAUCCAUCUAUCCAUGCAGCUAGCAUGUCAUGGACUGCCCAUUCAUCCACUCAUCCAUCUAUCCAUGCAUCUAGCAUGUCAUGGACUGUCCACUCAUCCACUCAUCCAUCUAUCCAUGCAUCUAGCAGUCCACCCAUCUGUGCAUGACACCACAUCACUAGUAAUCUCCUGGUGCAGCCCAAGACAUUGGCCCGUCAUGGACUGUAGACCCCCAUGGCCCACGUGUGAACGGCACCUGUGUGUCCUAUAAACCCUAAAACCCUACAAGCCUAACCCCUCAAUUGUCUAAUGUCUCCGCCCUUGGGAUUUUUAUCCUAAACCAUAAAACCCUGAAUCCUGUGGGUACUGGUGCACUGGUGCUUGAGAAUGAUUGCCCUCGUGUGUGGUGUGUGGUGUCUUUAGGGUUUAGGGGUUGGGUGAUCCUGCCAUGCGCAUCUCUCUAUCAGUGUCUGCUGAUGAGCGCAGGUGCUCUCACAGGUCUGUAACCUCGUGUCACCGUUGUGCACGUGGCCAUUCACGUCACGUCUGCAUUGUACCUUCCAUCCUCCUCCUAGUUAAACGAGACUUGCGUGUCACGCUUUAUUCACACGCCUACACCGCUGUCCAAGCAUCUGCCCAUACGCACUGCAUGUACAUGUGUUGGUUGCCCUUACUAGACACCCGCAUCUCUCAUCGUUUCGCAGCUGUGGCUGUUGUGGGGGUAGCCCCUUCCGCCUGGCUGUGUAGUGUCGUAUUGAGCUGUACCGUUGCCAUCGCUGGCCCCAAGCGUAUUGCGUUCAUAUGUACACCACGUGUCGUGUGGAGUCUGUGCACGUGCUAGUGUACGACGUAGCACCGGUGUGUACUCAGCGGACGCAACUGUUAUGCCGUUGGAUGUUUGUGACGACAGGGCUGAUAUGAGCGUAAUUGAGCUCU